AUGCCGACAGUUACUUUGCCGCCGAAGGAGAACGCUCUCUUCAAGAGGAUCUUGCGAUGUUACGAACACAAACAGUACAGAAAUGGGCUCAAGUUCUGCAAACAGAUCCUGUCCAAUCCCAAGUUUGCCGAGCACGGAGAGACUCUGGCAAUGAAGGGCUUGACUCUGAACUGUUUAGGGAAGAAGGAGGAGGCGUACGACCUGGUGAGAAGAGGCCUGCGCAACGACCUCAAGAGCCACGUCUGCUGGCACGUAUACGGUUUAUUGCAGCGCUCGGAUAAGAAGUACGAUGAGGCCAUCAAGUGUUACCGCAAUGCUCUCAAGUGGGACAAGGACAACCUGCAGAUCCUCCGAGACCUGUCCCUGCUGCAGAUCCAGAUGAGAGACCUGGAGGGCUACAGGGAGACGCGGUACCAGCUGUUGCAGCUGCGUCCAGCCCAGCGGGCCUCCUGGAUCGGCUAUGCCAUCGCCUAUCACCUCCUGGAAGACUACGAGAUGGCAGCAAAGAUCAUUGAGGAGUUCAGGAAAACACAACAGACGUCUCCAGACAAAGUGGACUACGAGUACAGCGAGCUGCUGCUCUACCAGAACCAGGUGCUGAGAGAAGCAGGUUUGCACAAGGAGGCCCUCGAGCAUCUGUCCAACUACGAAAAGCAGAUCUGUGACAAACUGGCGGUGGAGGAGACGCGAGGAGAGUUACUGUUGAAGUUGGAGCGUCUGGAUGAAGCAACAGAAGUCUACCAUCGCAUGCUGGAGAGGAACCCGGAGAACUGGUCCUAUUACCACGGCCUGGAGAAGGCCCUAAAACCAAGCACUGUAGAGGAGAGGUACAAAAUCUACGAAGAAGCCUGGGAGAAAUUUCCCAAAGGGCUGGUGCCUCGCCGGCUGCCCCUCAACUUCCUCUCUGGUGAGAAGUUCAGAGAGUGUCUGGACAGGUAUCUGAGGAUGAACUUUAGUAAAGGCUGCCCGCCGGUCUUCACCACACUCAAAUCGCUGUACAACGACAAAGAAAAGGUGUCAAUCAUAGAGGAACUGGUGGUCAGCUAUGAAACCUCAUUAAAAAGCUGCCGAAUGUUCAGCCAGAAUGAUGACGGGAAGGAGGAGCCUCCAACCACAUUGCUCUGGGUGCAGUACUUCCUGGCGCAGCACUAUGACAUGAUCGGCCAGCAGACACUGGCUCUCGAAUAUAUCAACGCCGCCAUUGAUAGCACGCCUACGCUCAUCGAGCUCUUCCUUAUCAAAGCCAAGAUUUACAAGCAUGCUGGCAACAUCAGAGAGGCUGCCCAGUGGAUGGAUGAGGCCCAGGCCCUGGACACCGCUGACAGAUUCAUCAACUCCAAGUGUGCCAAGUACAUGCUGAAGGCGGGAAUGAUCAAAGAGGCCGAGGAAAUGUGCUCCAAGUUCACACGGGAGGGCGCGUCAGCAGUGGAGAACCUGAACGAGAUGCAGUGCAUGUGGUUCCAGACUGAGUGCGCUCUCGCCUACAAAGCCAUGAACAAGUUUGGCGAAGCCCUCAAGAAGUGCCACGAGAUCGAAAGGCAUUUUGUGGAGAUCACAGACGAUCAGUUUGAUUUUCACACUUACUGCAUGAGGAAAAUGACGCUACGCUCCUACGUGGACCUACUGAAACUGGAGGACGUGCUCCGGAUGCACCCGUUCUACUAUAAGGCUGCAACCACGGCCAUCCAGAUCUACCUGAGCCUCCACGACAAUCCCCUGACUGAUGACAGCAAAGAGCUACAGGCGGACACUGCUAACCUGUCCGACAAAGAGCUGAAGAAGCUGAGGAACAAGCAGCGACGAGCCCAGAAGAAGGCCCAGCUGGAGGAAGAGAAGAAGAAUGCCGAGAAGGAGAAGCAGCUCAAGAACCAGAAGAAGAAGAAGGAGGAUGAUGACGAGGAGAUCGGGGGGCCCAAAGAGGAGCUCAUUCCUGACAAGCUGGUGAAGGUAGAAAAUCCACUGGAAGAAGCCAUCAAGUUCCUGACGCCUCUCAAACAUCUGGUCAAAGACAAGAUCGACACCCACCUGCUGGCCUUUGAGAUCUACUUCAGGAAAGAAAAAUACCUGUUGAUGCUCCAGUCAGUGAAGAGAGCUUUGGCAAUCGACCCCCACCACCCAUGGCUGCACCAGUGUCUAGUACGCUUCUUUAAAGGAGUUUCAGAGAGCAAGGAGCUUCCGGAGGUGGUCAGGACGGUGCUGAAGCAGGAGAUCACCCGGCUGUUCGGAGACAGCAAUGCUAAGAGCUUCAACCAGGCCUACCUCACCAAGCACUCCAACUCCAUACCGCAUCGACUGGCCGCUGCUAAAAUGAUGGUGUAUCUGGACACGUCGAUGCAAACAAAAGCAGCAGAACUGGCCACUGCACUGGAUGAGUCGCUGGACAACAGAACCAUACAGAUCUGCACAGAGGUCCUGGAGUGUCUUCGCAGCGGCGCCCUGGGCGACUGUAAGGAGCACGGCGAGUCAUACCGCGCCGAGUGCCACAAGCUUUAUCCCUACACGCUAGCUUUCAUGCCCCCCGGAUACGAGGAGAACACCAAGAUCGCCAACGGAGAUGUUUCCACGGAAACAGAGGAGCUGGCCAACGAGAUGUGAGCACAGCAGAGCAGCAGCAGAUGAGAAAAGGAACUGGGCCGAGCACUGAGCCUUGUGGUACGCCUGUGGCAGCCAUUUUGUAGAGCCGGACACGGGAAGCGAAAAAUGGGUGUUUCGUCCUUGGGCUCAGCUCAAUCGGGUCUGACCUGGCUCGGCUUGGCUCUCUCCCACAUGGGUGAAAAUCAGGACUCUGUGUGUGUAUGUGUGUGUGUGUGUGUUGAGGGAGUGUGUUUGUGUGCGUGCAUGUGUGCGGUUGUGUAUUUGUUGGAAACAGGAGUAGGUGGA